AUGGCGCCACGUCUUUUCGCCUGUUUUGGCCUCAAAGGAUCGUCAACUUCUACAGCCGGAAAAAAAAAUUCCGGUCAAAACGCGGCUGUCGUCGCAGCUGACGUUCCCGCCGGUGACGGACCUGUUCUGGUUCAGCUCUUCUCGUCUCAAGGAUGUAAGACUUCUCCUGAAGCGGAGAUGCUCAUGUCACGACUCGGCCGCGGCGAUUUCGACGGUCAGAUCCGUCGGGAAGGUGGAUCCGGUUCUCCAGCGAUGGUUCUUGUUUUCCACGUGGAUUAUUGGGAUUACUUGGGGUGGAAGGAUCCUUACGGUUCGAGCCAGUGGACGGUGAGGCAAAAGGCUUACAUUGAGGCGUUGAAUCAAGAUACAAUGUUUACUCCACAACUUGUGGUUCAAGGUCGCGCCCAAUUACUUGGGAAUGAAGAAGAGACUCUGCUCAAGUCCAUCGUCGAAGCACCUAGGUUUCCUUCUCCGGCCUUCCAUGCCACAUUCCAAAGACCAACCUCAGAAACCCUUCAAGUAUCUCUCACGGGAGCUUUGAGGAUGAAAGUGGACUCGAGUGGGAUGAAUAUAAUGGUGGCGCUAUACGAGAACGGACUAGUGAUUGAUUGUCCUCGAGGAGAGAACUCGGGAAGAGUCUUGGCCAAUGACUACGUUGUAAGAAAGCUAGAAAAAUUAUGCACCGUUAAAGAUUUAACGGCGAAGAAGACGGUGUCGGGGACGGCUCAUUUCACGGUGUGGGAUGGAUUCAACAGUGCUAAAUGUGGAGUUGCUGUUUUUCUACAGAACACAUCUCUACAAAUUUUCGGUACGCAGAGUUUUCAAUUGCCUGAUGAGAUUUGA